AUGGCCGGGGCUCAGCCUGGAGUGCACGCGCUGCAACUCAAGCCCGUGUGCGUGUCCGACAGCCUCAAGAAGGGCAUCAAAUUCGUCAAGUGGGAGGAUGACUCCACUAUUGUCACUCCAAUUAUUUUGAGGACUGACCCUCAGGGAUUUUUCUUUUACUGGACAGACCAAAACAAGGAGACGGAGCUGUUAGAUCUCAGCCUUGUCAAAGACGCCAGAUGUGGGAAACAUGCCAAGGCGCCCAAGGACCCUAAAUUACGUGAACUUCUGGAUGUGGGGAACAUUGGGCGCCUGGAACAUCGCAUGAUAACAGUGGUAUAUGGGCCUGACUUAGUUAACAUCUCUCAUUUGAACCUCGUGGCUUUCCAAGAAGAAGUGGCUAAGGAAUGGACAAAUGAGGUUUUCAGUUUGGCAACAAACCUGCUGGCCCAAAACAUGUCCAGGGACGCAUUUCUGGAAAAGGCGUAUACUAAACUUAAGCUGCAAGUCACUCCAGAAGGACGCAUUCCUCUCAAAAACAUAUACCGCCUGUUCUCAGCAGACCGGAAGCGAGUCGAGACAGCUUUAGAGGCGUGUAGUCUUCCAUCUUCAAGGAAUGAUUCGAUACCUCAAGAAGAUUUCACUCCUGAAGUGUACAGAGUUUUCCUGAACAACCUUUGUCCUCGACCUGAAAUUGAUAACAUCUUUUCCGAAUUUGGUGCCAAAAGCAAACCAUACCUUACAGUUGAUCAGAUGAUGGAUUUUAUCAACCUCAAGCAGCGAGAUCCCCGGCUAAAUGAAAUACUUUACCCACCUUUAAAGCAAGAGCAAGUCCAAGUGUUGAUUGAGAAGUAUGAACCUAACAACAGCCUCGCCAAAAAAGGACAGAUAUCAGUGGAUGGAUUUAUGCGCUAUCUGAGUGGAGAAGAAAAUGGUGUAGUUUCACCUGAGAAACUGGAUUUGAAUGAAGAUAUGUCUCAGCCCCUUUCUCACUAUUUCAUUAAUUCCUCACACAACACCUACCUCACAGCUGGCCAGCUGGCUGGAAAUUCCUCUGUUGAGAUGUAUCGCCAAGUGCUCCUGUCUGGCUGUCGCUGUGUGGAGCUGGACUGCUGGAAGGGACGAACUGCAGAAGAGGAGCCAGUCAUCACCCAUGGGUUCACCAUGACCACAGAAAUAUCCUUCAAGGAAGUGAUCGAAGCCAUUGCUGAGUGUGCAUUUAAGACUUCACCUUUCCCAAUUCUACUUUCAUUUGAGAACCAUGUGGACUCGCCGAAGCAGCAGGCCAAGAUGGCGGAGUACUGCAGACUCAUCUUCGGGGACGCCCUCCUCAUGGAGCCGCUGGACAAGUACCCGUUGGAAUCUGGAGUUCCCCUUCCAAGUCCUAUGGAUUUAAUGUACAAAAUUUUGGUGAAAAAUAAGAAGAAAUCACACAAGUCAUCAGAAGGAAGUGGCAAGAAGAAGCUCUCAGAACAAGCUUCAAACACGUGCAGCGACUCCUCCAGUGUGUUUGAGCCCUCGUCCCCAGGAGCCGGAGAAGCUGAUACAGAGAGUGACGAUGAUGACGACGAUGAUGACUGUAAAAAGUCUUCAAUGGAUGAGGGGACCGCAGGGAGCGAGGCCAUGGCCACAGAAGAGAUGUCUAAUCUGGUGAACUAUAUCCAGCCAGUCAAGUUUGAGUCAUUUGAAAUUUCAAAAAAAAGAAAUAGAAGCUUCGAGAUGUCUUCCUUUGUGGAAACCAAAGGUCUUGAGCAACUUACAAAGUCUCCAGUGGAAUUUGUAGAAUAUAACAAAAUGCAGCUUAGCAGGAUAUAUCCAAAGGGAACACGCGUGGAUUCAUCCAACUAUAUGCCUCAGCUCUUCUGGAAUGCAGGCUGCCAAAUGGUUGCCCUUAAUUUCCAAACAGUGGACCUGGCUAUGCAGAUAAACAUGGGGAUGUAUGAAUACAAUGGCAAGAGUGGCUACAGGCUGAAGCCGGAGUUCAUGAGGAGACCUGACAAGCACUUUGAUCCAUUCACAGAAGGCAUCGUGGAUGGCAUAGUGGCCAACACUUUAUCUGUUAAGAUUAUUUCAGGUCAGUUUCUGUCUGAUAAGAAAGUCGGGACUUAUGUGGAAGUGGAUAUGUUUGGUUUGCCUGUGGACACGAGGAGGAAGGCACUUAAGACCAAAACAUCACAAGGAAAUGCUGUAAAUCCCAUCUGGGAAGAAGAACCCAUUGUAUUCAAAAAGGUGGUUCUUCCUUCUCUAGCCUGUCUGAGGAUAGCAGUUUAUGAAGAAGGUGGUAAAUUUAUUGGUCACCGAAUCUUGCCAGUACAAGCAAUUCGGCCAGGCUAUCACUAUAUCUGUCUGAGGAACGAGAGGAACCAGCCUCUGAUGCUGCCAGCACUCUUUGUCUACAUAGAGGUGAAAGACUACGUCCCAGACACAUAUGCAGACGUGAUUGAAGCUUUGUCAAAUCCAAUCCGAUAUGUGAAUCUGAUGGAGCAGAGAGCUAAACAACUGGCUGCUUUGACACUGGAAGAUGAAGAAGAAGUAAAGAAAGAGGCUGAUCCUGGGGAAACACCAUCAGAAGCUCCGAGUGAAGCCAGGCCAACUCCAGCAGAAAACGGGGUGAAUCACACGACAUCCCUGACACCCAAACCACCCUCCCAGGCUCUCCACAGCCAACCAGCUCCAGGUUCUGUAAAGGCACCUGCCAAAACAGAAGAUCUUAUUCAGAGUGUUUUAACAGAAGUAGAAGCGCAGACGAUUGAAGAGCUGAAGCAGCAGAAAUCGUUUGUGAAGCUUCAAAAGAAGCACUACAAGGAAAUGAAAGAGCUGGUGAAGAGACACCACAAGAAGACCACCGACCUCAUCAAAGAGCACACUGCGAAAUACAAUGAAAUCCAGAACGACUACUUGAGAAGGAGAGCAGCUCUGGAAAAGACAGCCAAAAAGGACAAUAAGAAAAAAUCAGAACCCAGCAGCCCUGACCACGUCUCUACAAUAAUUGAGCAAGACCUUGCUGCUCUGGAUGCUGAAAUGACCCAAAAGUUAGUAGAUCUGAAGGAUAAACAACAGCAGCAGCUGCUUAAUCUUCGACAAGAGCAGUAUUAUAGCGAAAAAUACCAGAAGCGAGAACACAUUAAACUGCUUAUUCAAAAAUUGACCGAUGUUGCUGAAGAAUGUCAGAAUAAUCAGUUAAAGAAGCUCAAAGAAAUCUGUGAGAAAGAGAAGAAGGAAUUAAAGAAGAAAAUGGAUAAAAAGAGGCAGGAGAAGAUAACAGAAGCUAAAUCCAAAGACAAAAGCCAGAUGGAGGAGGAAAAGACAGAGAUGAUCCGGUCAUACAUCCAGGAGGUGGUGCAGUACAUCAAGAGGUUAGAAGAGGCACAGAGUAAACGGCAAGAAAAACUCGUCGAGAAACACAAAGAAAUCCGCCAGCAGAUCCUGGAUGAAAAGCCCAAGCUGCAGGUGGAACUGGAGCAGGAAUACCAAGACAAGUUCAAAAGGCUGCCCCUGGAGAUUUUGGAAUUCGUGCAGGAAGCCAUGAAAGGGAAGAUUAGUGAAGACAGCAACCACAGCUCUGCCCCUCCCGUGAUGACCUCAGACUCUGGAAAACUAAACCAGAAGCCUCCUUCCAGUGAAGAAUUGGAAGGAGAAAACCCAGGAAAAGAGUUUGAUACCCCUCUGUGA